UGCCGGGGAGGGGGAUGCGCAGGAGGGGGCAAGAUGCGAGCUGCGUUGACUUGGAGGGAUAAGGCCGAGCAGUGUAUCUAUGACCUUGCAUUUAAGCCUGAUGGAACUCAACUGAUAAUUGCUUCUGGAAACAGAUUACUGGUAUAUGACACUUCUGAUGGCACAUUAAUCCAGCCUUUGAAAGCACAUAAGGAGACAGUAUACUGUGUAGCCUAUGCAAAAGAUGGGAAGCGCUUUGCCUCAGGAGCUGCAGACAAAACAGUGAUCAUCUGGACUUCAAAGUUAGAAGGUAUCCUGAAGUACACGCACAAUGAUUCCAUACAAUGCGUAUCCUACAAUCCUGUUACACACCAACUAGCAUCCUGUUCCUCCAGUGAUUUUGGUCUGUGGUCUCCUGAACAGAAGUCAGUCAAUAAACAUAAAGUUAGCAAUAAAAUCACCUGUUGUAGUUGGACAAAUGAUGGACAGUACCUUGCUUUGGGGAUGUUCAAUGGUGUUGUCAGCAUAAGAAAUAAAAAUGGUGAAGAGAAAGUAAAAAUUGAACGACCAGGUGGAUCUUUAUCUCCAGUGUGGUCUAUUUCUUGGAAUCCAUCAAGUCGAUGGGAGAAUCUCUGGACUACUAGGGACAGCGAAGAAGAGGAGGAGGCAGGUCACACCUGUUUAGAGGACAUACCAGUUCUGAAGUCCAUCACAUGCAGUAGUCAGGGUAGUGAGGCAGAGGAAGAAGAACAUGAGGAAGAUGAGAGCCCUAGGAAUGCCAGCUCAGAUGAACACAAUGACAUCUUAGCUGUGGCAGAUUGGGGACAAAGGCUUUCCUUUUAUCAGCUGAGUGGCAAGCAAAUUGGAAAGGACAGAGUCCUGAACUUUGACCCUUGCUGUGUGAGCUAUUUUUCCAAAGGAGAAUACAUCUUAAUUGGGGGCUCAGACAAACAAGUCUCUCUCUAUACAAAGGAUGGAGUGCGCCUUGGCACCGUAGGAGAACAAAACACUUGGGUGUGGACAUGUAAAGCUAAACCAGAUUCUAAUUAUGUGGCAGUAGGAAGCCAAGAUGGAACCAUUUCAUUUUAUCAGCUGAUUUUCAGCACAGUUCAUGGCCUUUAUAAGGACCGCUAUGCUUACAGAGACAGUAUGACUGAUGUUAUUGUCCAGCACCUCAUUACUGAGCAAAAAGUUAGAAUAAAAAACAGGGAGCUUGUAAAGAAAAUUGCAAUAUACAAAAACAGAUUAGCAAUCCAGUUGCCAGAGAAAAUCCAGAUUUUUGAGCUGUAUUCUGAUGAUUCUUCAGACAUGCAUUACCGUGUGAAAGAAAAGAUAACGAAAAAAUUUGAAUGUAACUUACUGGUUGUAUGUUCUGAACACAUUAUCUUAUGCCAGGAAAAGAGACUCCAGUGCCUCUCAUUCAGUGGUACAAAAGAAAGGGAGUGGCUGAUGGAAUCUCUCAUUCGUUACAUAAAAGUAAUUGGAGGACCUCCGGGCAGAGAAGGCCUUUUAGUGGGUUUAAAGAAUGGUCAGAUUCUAAAGAUAUUUGUGGACAAUCCUUUUGCAAUUGUCUUGCUGAAACAAUCCACAGCUGUGCGCUGCUUGGAUAUGAGUGCAUCUCGAAACAAGCUGGCAGUUGUUGAUGAAAAUGACACCUGUCUCGUGUAUGAUAUUAACACCAAAGAGUUACUGUUCCAGGAACCCAAUGCUAAUAGUGUGGCUUGGAACACGCAGUGCGAGGACAUGCUUUGUUUCUCUGGAGGGGGAUAUCUCAACAUCAAAGCUAGUAACUUUCCUGUCCAUCAGCAAAAACUCCAGGGUUUUGUGGUGGGAUACAAUGGCUCCAAAAUUUUCUGCCUCCAUGUUUUUUCCAUGACUGCUGUUGAAGUUCCUCAGUCAGCGCCCAUGUAUCAAUACUUGGAAAGAAAAAUGUUCAAAGAAGCCUAUAAGAUUGCUUGCUUAGGAGUAACUGACACAGAUUGGAAAGAACUGGCUAUGGAGGCUUUAGAAGGACUCGAAUUUGAAACUGCUAAGAAGGCAUUUACCAGAGUGCGAGAUCUUCAAUAUCUAGAACUGAUAAACAGCAUUGAGGAGAGGAAGAAGCGUGGAGAGAACAACAAUGACCUGUUUCUAGCAGAUGUUUAUGCAUACCAGGGAAAGUUCCAUGAAGCAGCCAAACUGUACAAAAGAAGUGGCCAUGAAAACCUGGCUCUUGAUAUGUACACUGACUUGCGCAUGUUUGACUAUGCAAAGGAAUUCCUUGGCUCUGGAGACCCCAAAGAUACAAAGAUGCUAAUCACAAAACAAGCAGACUGGGCUAGGAACAUCAAUGAACCCAAAGCAGCUGUGGAGAUGUACAUUACUGCGGGCGAGCACAUGAAAGCCAUAGAAAUCAGUGGAGAUCAGGGCUGGGUUGAUAUAUUGAUUGAUAUUGCUCGGAAGCUGGAUAAAGCUGAGCGUGAACCUCUGACAAAGUGUGCCUACUAUUUCAAAAAGUUAUUCAACCAUGGCUAUGCAGCAGAAACCUACAUGAAGAUUGGGGAUUUAAAGGCGUUGAUACAGCUCCAUGUGGAAACUCAGCAAUGGGAUGAGGCCUUUGCUUUGUGUGAAAAGCACCCUGAUUUUAAGGACGAUGUCUAUGUUCCUUAUGCUCAGUGGCUGGCAGAAAAUGAUAGAUUUGAAGAGGCCCAAAAAGCAUUCCACAAGGCUGGCAGACAAACCGAAGCUGUAAAAGUGUUGGAACAAUUAACUCACAAUGCUGUGGUAGAAAGCCGAUUCAAUGAUGCAGGAUAUUAUUACUGGAUGCUGUCCAUGCAGUGUUUAGAUAUCGCUCAAGACGAUGAGCAGCAGAAGACUGAAAUGUUACAGAAGUUUCACCACUUCCAGCACUUGGCAGAACUUUAUCAUGCCUAUCACUUCAUCCACAAAUGCACUGAAGAACCCUUCAAUCAUUAUUUGCCUGAAACACUCUUCAAUGUGUCUAGGUUUUUACUUCAUAGCCUUACCAAGGAAACUCCUUUGGGAAUUUCAAAAGUCAAUACAUUAUUUGCCCUGGCAAAGCAGAGCAAAGCUCUGGGCGCCUAUAAAUUGGCUCGUCACGCCUAUGACAAGUUGCAGGGGCUGCAGAUCCCAGCUAGAUUUCAGAAAUCAAUUGAGCUGGGAAGCCUGACCAUCCGAUCCAAGCCUUUUCAGGACAGUGAAGAGCUUGUGCCUUUGUGCUACAGGUGUUCCACCCACAACCCUUUGCUGAACAACCUGGGCAACGUCUGCAUUAAUUGCAGGCAGCCCUUUGUCUUCGCUUCUUCAUCUUACGACGUCUUGCAUCUGGUUGAAUUCUAUUUAGAGGAAGGAAUCCCUGACGAAGAAGCGGUUGCUCUGAUUGAUCUGGAAGUACCAAGACUAAAUAAAAGAGACAGUAAAUGGCAAGAGCAGAUGAGUGACAGUGUACAGACAAUGAGGCUUCUUUAUAAAGCGGAUGAGAUUGAAGAAGAUGAUCCAUUUACAGCAAAACUGAGUUUUGAGCAAGGGGGCUUGGAAUUUGUUCCUGUGGUAGUGAACCGUGCAAUACUCAGGUCAAUGAGCAGGAGAGAUGUGUUGGUUAAACGCUGGCCAAAGCCAUUACGGUGGCAGUACUUCCGGUCCCUUCUACCAGAUAACCCUAUUACUAUGUGUCCUUUCUGCUUUCAGAUGUUUCAUUCAGAAGAUUAUGAGCUCCUGGUGCUCCAGCAUAACUGUUGCCCAUAUUGUCGGAGGAAGACAGAUGAAUCCUGCUAAUGAGGGAAACCAGCGCUCGGUCAUGGAGCAAUUCUGCUGCUGAGACUCUAUAAAAAUGUUUCUGGGGUUCAUUAGGUUUUGUUUAGGGGGAGGAAGUUCUAAAAAAAGAAAUAUAUUUGAGAUUCCUACUUUUCUACAUAUAUUUAACAAGUGUAGUUGCAGAAUGUGUAUGACUGCUGAAUGCUUUUUAUGUCUACAAAUAGAAAGGAGGAUCCAUGGAGGUAUAUAUUUAAAUAUAUAUAUUUUUAAAAAACCUGGUAUACUAGAAUGUAUUUUUGGCAUUUUCAUGAGAACCUGUUAAUUUGUCACAGAUUGAACAAUAACCUUUUAGGGUGAUAUUUUGCCUGGAGAAAAACAUGCUGGUUUGUCACCUGCUGUCAUUAGUUCUGAUUUGGCCCCUUAAUAUUUGGGCUUUAUGACAAUUUCCAAUAAAAUAAGUUUAAAAAUAAACAUU